AGCUCAUUGCUUCUUCAAGAAUCAAGGAAGAAACUGUUGUGUAAUCAUGAACUACAAGAUUGUCUUGGCUCUCUUUCUGAUUUCAGUAGCUCUGACUCAAGAUAUGGCCCUAGCGCAGACUGGGAAUGAGCUCCGAUGCCAGUGCAUAAACACUCAUUCCAAGUUCAUCCCCCCCAGAUGGAUUCAGGAUGUGAAGCUGACCCAAAGUGGGCCUCACUGCCAGAAUGUUGAAGUCAUUGCUACUCUUAACAAUGAUAAGGAAAUAUGUUUGGAACCCACUGCUCCUUGGGUGAAGUUGAUCAUCAAGGCAAUUUUAAGCAAGGCUGAAGCCAAUAAUGAGAUAUCGCUCUGA